AUGGCGUCCCACGAACAGAACAUGCCGUUUAUAAAAAACCUGGCCUCCAGCGACCGUAAACUCCGCACUCAGGCCCUGACCUCCCUCCAAACCUUCCUCGGCUCGCACCGCUCCAUAACCCGCAUCGACGCCCUCAAGCUGUGGAAGGGCCUCUUCUACGCAAUGUGGAUGUGCGACCGACCGAUCCCGCAGCAGAACCUCGCGACGGAGCUCGCGGGCCUGACGUCCUGCCUCAAGAACGACGACGUCGCCACCUGGCUCGCCGCCUUCUGGGAGACCAUGUCCAAGCAGUGGACCGACAUUGACGUGCUGCGCAUGGAGAAGUUCCUGCUGCUCGUCAGACGGACCUUCGCGUCCGGCCUGCAGUGGGUCAGGGACGGCAAGUACGCCGAGGGCAGGGCCGACGCGCUGGCGGGCGUGCUGGCGGACUGGCCCUUCGAGGUCGAGGGUGACCUGCGCAAGGUGCCCAUCGGUCUGCGUCUGCACGGCGUGGACAUCUGGGUCGACGAGCUCGCGCGCACGGAGAUCAUCAAGGAGGGCGCCGGAGAGGACGCGGUGGCGUUCGCGAGGAAGAUCAGCAAGCUCGUCGAGCCGCUGAAGCGCUCGCCUGUCAAGACUGUGCGCGUCAAGGCUGCCGAGGCGCUCGAGGACGACAGGCUGCCGUGGGUCGAGGCCAAGCCGGUAGAGGAGGCGGACGGCAUGGACGAGAGCGACGGCGGCGACGACGACGACGAGUGGGGUGGCAUUGCCGAUAAAUAA